CGUAUCCAUCACGUGUAAGGAUUAGAAAGCUCUGCUUUCCUACUGAUAAAGUGUGCGUAAAAGCCUAUAUCCUUUAUCAUCAUAUCGAUCAAAACAACAAUUAUUUCCCUUAUCGAGUGCGGCGGUGUUCGGGCGUAGAGAUAUCUUUUCUGAAAUUUUAGUGUAGUAAUGCUGGGAAAGGGUGAUUAUCCUUUAUCAGUGGCCCAUUAUGCAAGGAUAAACUUGUUUUUCAUGUUAUUGCAUACACUGGUGUGAGUGAUAGAGAGACUCAGUGAUAAGAAAGUGGUACGAAUGCUGGAAGAAAAAAAUAUCAUCUGCAUUCCAUAUGCGGUAUUUGCAGUGCUGAUAAGCCUAAGAUUUUUCUGCAUUCCAGCAAUGUUUAACCAAAUAAACGUCUCCCUAGAGUAAAAAAAAAAUGAAGCAAUUGGUGUUGAUCAUCAAUGUUGAUUUUAUUUUAUGUUUGUUGAGCUAUUUGACGCACGUCGAUGGACGUGAAUUGUUACAUCACGGAUAUGGCAGAAAUCGUCAGAGGUACCAUUACUACAAUCUUGAUGAUUGCGGCCAUGAGAUCAAAUUUGUCGAGAAACAUGGCAACAAAAGCAGCAGGCAUGCUCAGAACUAUCGAUGUCAAAACAUGUUUUCCCUGAAGCACAAACGGCACGGCUUCCAACAAUUCCACAGAAAUCGGUACUUCGUGCGCCAUAGUACGGGUCCCGUCGCUGAAGAGCGUAAUAACACCAAACUUCCCCAUGUCAUCCAUUGGCCAGUUAAGCGCGAGGCAGUUGUGGAAGGUGACCUUAUUCUGGGCGGCCUAAUGAUGGUUCACUCCCGAGAGGACUCGGUGACGUGUGGGCCCAUAAUGCCCCAGGGAGGCAUACAAGCGUUGGAGACUAUGUUAUAUACUUUGGACAAAAUCAACAUGGACAAUCUUAUACCCAACGUUACUAUUGGAGCCCAUAUUUUAGACGAUUGCGACAAAGACACGUACGGGCUAGAAAUGGCGGUGGAUUUCAUCAAAGGGUCAAUCAGCAAUAUAGACGAAGCAACCGAUUACAACAACUGCAGCAGCAAAGGACACAAGAAGAAGGUCAUCUCUGGAGUUGUGGGAGCUGCUUCAUCAGUGACUUCCAUCCAAGUGGCCAACCUGCUACGACUUUUCAAAAUCCCACAGGUGUCAUAUUUUUCCACGAGCCCUGAGCUGAGCAAUAAACAAAGAUUUGAGUACUUUUCUCGAACGAUACCAUCUGAUCAUUAUCAAGUUAAGGCAAUAGUAGACAUCGUCCGGCAGCUGGGUUGGAGUUAUAUAUCCAUAAUUUACGAGGAGAGUAAUUACGGCAUAAAGGCCUUCGAGGAGCUAGAUGAUUUACUUUCCAAACAUGGUAUUUGCAUAGCGAUCAAGGAAAAGUUGGUAAAAGAUUCUGGCGUUGCAGAAAAAAUAGCUUAUGAUAACAUAGUUAUCAAGUUGCUAACAAAACCAAGAGCUAAAGGCGUGAUAAUAUUCGGCUCUGACCAGGAAGUAGCUGAGGUUAUGAGAGCCGUUCGACGACAGAAUGUCACGGGUGUGUUUUCGUGGAUAGGAUCGGACGGUUGGAGUGCACGGAAUCUAGUAUCUGAUGGCAACGAGGCCGAGGUUGAAGGAACGUUAUCCGUUCAACCUCAAGCUAACUCCGUAAUAGGGUUCGAAGAGUAUUUCUUGAACUUGACAGUCGAAAGUAACUCACGAAAUCCUUGGUUUAUCGAAUUUUGGGAGGAUCACUUUCAAUGCAAGUACCCCAAUUCUCCACCCACACCAUUCAACAAAAACUACACGAAACUUUGUUCGACGGCGGAAAAGCUAUCAAAACAUGCGCUGGAUUUUGAAGAUCAGCUACAGUUUGUAAGCGACGCAGUCAUGGCGUUCGGAUAUGCAUUCAAGAACAUGCAUCAAGAGCUGUGUGGCAGUAAGCCAGGACUGUGUGAUGAAAUGAAUCCCACAAAAGGAGCCGAUUUGCUAAAGUACCUAAGGAAGGCAGAUUUUAUCGGUCUCAGUGGCGAUCGGUUCAAUUUCGACAUCAACGGAGAUGGUCCGGCCCGGUAUAAUAUAAUUCACUUCAAACAGUAUGAGCCCGACAAGUACAAGUGGAUCAAGGUUGGCGAGUACUACCAGGGGGAACUACGAUUAAACAUGGAAGAUAUUCAAUUCGGCAUAAAGAACCCCAGCGCACCAGAGUCGGUGUGCAGUCGGCCGUGCGAACGUGGUCAAGCGAAAAAAUAUGUCGAAGGUGAAGGCUGUUGUUGGCAUUGUUUCAACUGUUCUCAAUAUCAGAUUAGCAAUCCUGCCGAUGAAACACACUGUAUAAACUGUCCCAGAGGAACCAUACCGGAUAUUUAUCACGAAAACUGUCAGCACAUUCCCGAAGACUAUCUGAAGCCGGAAUCACCCUACGCCAUAGGGGCAAUGUCGUUCAGCAGUCUCGGCAUCGUGAUGACAUUUUUUGUGGUUGGAGUUUUCCUGAAGAACAACGAUACUCCCAUAGUUAGAGCAUCAGGUAGAGAACUAAGUUAUGUAUUGUUAAGCGGCAUACUUCUAUGCUACGGCGUCACAUACGCACUAGUGUUUAAACCGAAUGAUAUUGUCUGUGGUGUCCAGAGAUUUUGGUCCGGCUUUUCUUUCACUGUAGUUUACGCAGCGCUUUUAACCAAAACUAACCGGAUUGCACGAAUAUUCAAUGCAAGCACAAAAUCCGCCAAGCGACCUUCCUUUAUUAGUCCCCACUCACAACUAGUAAUAUGCGGCAUACUCAUAUCGUUUCAGAUAUUGAUCAACGCCGUUUGGAUGGUGGUUUCCCCGGCCCAUGCCAUGCAUCACUAUCCCACGAGGGAAGAUAACCUGCUAGUUUGCAAUUCGUACACCGAUGCGUCGUACAUGGUUGCGUUCUUCUAUCCCAUAUUCCUGAUCAUAGUUUGCACCGUGUAUGCGGUGCUUACUAGGAAAACACCAGAGGCUUUCAACGAAUCGAAAUACAUAGGCUUCACGAUGUAUACAACUUGUGUUAUAUGGCUUGCAUUCAUCCCGUUAUAUUUUGGAACCGGAAACAAUGUUCAGCUCCGUAUAGCAUCCAUGUCCGUAACGAUAAGCCUAUCGGCUACGGUUACCCUUGUUUGCUUGUUUUCACCUAAGUUGUACAUCAUUCUAAUUCGACCGGAGCGUAAUAUACGGCAAAGUAUGAUGCCAAUACGAUACAGCACCAUCAACAAAACAACCGGAUCGGCACAGUCGUCGGUGAUGGCCGCAGUGAUAGUUACCGCAGCAACAUGCAAUGAAAACGAAAAAGUGAUAAAAAAUGUUUCAAACGAAAAUAUUACAGCCGCGUACUAGGAAACUACAAUAAAAAAAAAACAAGCAUUGCACUAUAAUAACAAAACAGGGCCGAAAAUUCGAUACAAAAACAGCGAGGAAAACAAAACGACAAAAGAGUUAUUUUAACAGACUUGUAUGCCACGUCAUACAUUGAAAAUAAAAUUGAAUACCGAAA